GGGUAGAAAAAGUACGGUGACAACUGUUUCCAUUCUAUGCACAGGGAUAGGAAAAUAAAACAAGCGCCAUUGAGGAGACCACUGACGAAUCGUUGCCCGUGGUUAGCAUCCCGCGAAGUAAACGAAAUCACGUGUCUGUGAUUUCGGAUAAAACGUCAAAAUGACUUGUAUUUGUGUAUUUCCCUACUGUCAUGACAUACACGAUUAAUGAUGUCUCUACCAAGAAAGCAUGGGAACAAAGUUAACGUCGAUUAUAAAGCACGGCUUGAGCACAAGUUAUAUCUGGCGAGAGAAAAUCCAGAACCAAUAUUUGACGUGUCAGAAUGUGCUUUAAAACAAGUACCCUCUGGUAUUUAUUCAUUAUGCAAAGUAUUUAGGAAAAAGGUGCUAUGGAUGUACAAUAACAAGCUGACUUCACUUUCUGGUGGAGGUGCCUUAAGCGAUUUGUCAUUACUUGUUGUAUUAGAUAUACAUGGAAACGAAUUUACCAAUUUACCCUCGGACAUAAUGUAUCUUGUCUCGCUCAAAGAGCUUUAUUUGCAAGACAACAAUAUAAGGAAACUGCCAAAUGAAAUAGUACACUUAAGUAAAUUAACCACCUUAAAUAUUGCAAAAAAUAAUUUGAAACAAUUGCCAGAAACAAUGGGAAAGUUAAAACAACUAACAACAUUAAACAUUAGUCAAAAUAAAUCGCUUCAAAAACUACCUAAAUCUUUGGGUUAUGUGCAACAAUUAGCACAGUUGGACAUUGAUGGGUUACACCUGUCUUAUCCGCCUCAAGAUAUUUUAAACGGAGGCACUAUAGUAAUUGUAGCAUUUUUAGCCAAAGAGAGUGGCAUUGAAUUUUCACCAGAAGAAUCUGUUUCAGAAACAAAUUUAUCAAGAGACAUAAGUUCUGAGGACAUGCAAGCAGUAUAUCUUAAUAAAAAUAAUGACGUGCAGGCAGCAUUACAGAAGCUAGCAAAAAUGAAGGAACAUCGGCAAAGCGCGUUAUUGGAGGUAGAAAAAAAUAUCAAACAACAACAGGAGUAUGAAAUCGGAAUUCAUUCAAUGCUGAAAGAGCAUAAGAAAAAGCUUCUGAAGGAUCUUGCUUUACAGCAAACACAAUUAGAACAAGAAUUAGAAAAAGUGCAACAAGAAAGAGAUUCUAAUAGAGCACGUUUACUUUCUUACAUUUACAAUGCUGAAAAAGAAGCCGAUAAUGUUAUCAAAGAAUUUUUAAGAAACAGCGAGGAAGAAAGACAAAGCCAAGCUGAAUUACUUGAACGAGAAAAACAAGAAGAAAUGCAAAUAUUAUCCUCUUGUCACUCUGAACAAUUUAUGUUUCGUACGAAAGAUACACUUCUUUCAAUGGAAAAGUUAUUGGAAGAAGAGCUUUAUAGAACCCGGAAAUUGGAAGAACAUAGCAAAUAUAGAGACUAUGCCGCGCAAUCUUUGCUCACACUAGAAGUAAUAAAUAAUGAUCAUUUAGCACAAAUAGUACAAAAUCAGGAGAAGAACAGGCAAAUUUUAAUUGAUGCAUUAAGACAAGAUGAAGUUUUACAAAAAGCUGCGGUGGCAGCAUUAUUAGAACGUAGCGACGCACGUUGUUGGAGUAUUGUACAACAAGUGAAUUUGGUACAAUCUCAGUUAGCUGCACUUACAACUAUUGAACUGGAGAGAAGGAAACUAGAAAUUAACCAACAACUUAAUGAAAUUGCUGAAAAGAGAGUGACUUUAAGUGCUAUUCUGGUAAACUUGUUGGAACAACAGAAAACUAGAAGAGAUCAGCUUCUGGAUACAAUCAAUAGUAUAGAACAACAACGUUGUAUUAGCAAUUCUAGAAGAAGAAGUCAGUUUUGGUUGAUGCAAUAUCAGUGUUUGAUGGAAGCUCGUCCUCAGGGUUUAUUAGAAAUGCUAGAACCUAUGCUAGUACGACACGUGGCGAUAGCAGGGGCAUUACAUUGUUUGCCAUUUUUAGCUUCUCUACCAUCAUUACUUCCAGAUCUUAGCGAUGAACAAUUGCAGAAUAUGGGAAUACAUUGUCAAAGCGAUCGUGCUGCUAUAAAACUGGCAGUUGAAAAUUACUUGGCAGAAGUGAAACUCAAUGAAUACAGACCACCUAUUACACCUUCUGCACCCCCCGAAGAAGCAUCCACAAGUUCUGAUUACCAAGAAUGUAACGCUAUUCAGAGUAUCAAUACUGCCGAAUGUGUAAUUUGCCUUGAUUUACAAUGUGAAGUAAUUUUUCUACCAUGUGGACACCUUUGUUGCUGUUCAGGUUGUGCAAAUAUGGUUAAUUCGGGUUGUCCAAUGUGUAGAAGUGGUAUAGAUCGCAAAAUUCACGUUGUAAAGCCUUGAAAUUUGAAUAAUGCUUCUUGUAAAUAAUUCCACCUAGUCUAUUUAUCCCUAACGCUUUGAUAUUUUCAUAAUAUGCGAUUAUUGUUUAAAAAUUGAUAUAUCAGAAAGUAAGUUACGAUAUGCAUACAUUUUAGACUUUUGCAGCUAUACGACGUUACAUACAACGUACGAGAUUUAUACUUGACGAGCAAAAGUGUCUUUUUAGUUAUAAAUAGUAGUAUUAUAUUUUAUUUUUGGUUGACAAUUUUGCGAUUCCAAUUUAAAAUAUUCUUUUACAGAACAGUGAGUCUCAGUUAGGUACAUGCAUGUUUGAAUCCUAAUCUGUUACUGUUCAGUGCCAUAAAGACAGUUCUUUAUACCAAUAUACGUUAUAAUUAUAGUUAAAAUAGAUUAAUAUUACCUACUUUUUUUUUAUAUUAUCUACAAUGCAUAUACCAAAUAUUUGAGGAUAUAAUAAUAGAAUGAAUUGCAUUUAUUAACAUUCGGUUACACAAUAUGAUUUUUUAUAUUAAAUGGUCACCAACAUAUCUGUAUGUGUAAUAGCCUUAUAAAUACUGUGAAGAUAAAAAACAUUUUAAUCCGUUGAAAAGUGGUUGAGAGUUAAUAAUGCAAAAGCCAGAAUUAUAAGCAAGCUUUUAUAAAUGAUAGAAGUGAAUUUUUAUAAAAAAAAAAUUUUAUGUAAAUCAGUAUAUUAAAACUAUCCAUUAAUAAAGCAUUGAAAUUUUAUUGA